AAGGCUACCUUCUACUUGGGCAAGCGUUGGGGAGCAGCCAAAUCCGUCACAUCAAGCCUUUUCAGCGUGAACCAGCAAAGGGACCAAAGGCAUGGGCUGCUCUCAAGGGGGUACACGCUCCUGCAACAGCGGCGGUGGCUCGGCGCCACCUAUAGCAUGACACCUCGUGCGGACUUGCUCACCGAACUCGAACCGUCGCCGGUGAAGCAUGUUACAUCGGCUUUGGGGCAGCGAGCAGAGGAUGGGUGGUGAAGCAAAUGGAUAUAGUAACGGCCUUCCUCAACGGCGUUUUGGAGAAAGAAACCUACAUGGAGCAGCCAGAGGGGUACAAUGAUGGGAGUGGCAGAGUGUGGAAGCUAAAGAAAGCACUCUAUGGCCUCAAGCAAGCCCCUAGGCAAUGGUACAUCAAGCUGCGGGAAGUCUUGGAGGCGAUCGGCUUCACUCCCUCAACGGCCGAUCAAUCGUUGUUCAUGCUUGGCGAGGGGGAGCAGAGGAGCUUCAUGGUGGUUUAUGUGGAUGACAUCCUCAUAUUCUCACCCUCCUCUGACCUUGUGAAGGAGGUGAUGCUGAAGCUUCAAGACAAGUUCAAGUGCAAGACCCUUGGUGACGUCAACUACUACCUUGGGCUUCACAUUGAGCGAGAUGUGGAGAAGCGGUGGAUGCGAGUGCAUCAAAAGAAGUACUUGGAGACCUUGGCUGCAAACUUUGGGAAGAGUGAAGGUCAUGUGGCUACUCCUCUUCCCUCAGGGUUCAAGUGUGUGAAAGGACCAGCGGAGGAAAGUGUUAGUGAAGAGGAGAGGCGCCGUUUUCACUCCUUGGUGGGCAGCCUCAUGUAUGCGGCCGUUCACACAAGGCCGGAUGCAGCCUUUGCUACCGGGCAGCUGGCUAGGGUUGUCCAAUGCCCUAAUGAAGAGCAGGUAGCAGCUGGAGAGAGAGUGGCCAAGUACCUUGGCCAAACAGCAACUGUUGGACUGCAAUACUCCGCGGCGGCACAAAGGCGUCAAAAGGGGGCGGAUGGAGUCGAACCCGGGAGGCUCUUUCUCACCGCCUUCUCUGAUGCAUCUUGGGCAUCAGAACCAGAGGACAUGACAAGUGUGGGAGGCUUCAUCUGCUGUGUUGGUGGAGGGCCAACAGCUUGGGAGAGCAAGAAGCAAGUGGACCAAGCAUUGAGCUCGGUGGAGUCCGAAUACAUGGCACUCUUCCGUGCUAUAAGAGAGGUUGUGUGGCAGCGGCGUUUGCUAGCUGAAUUGGGGGAGGAGCAGCAAGGACCUACCCCACUCUACUGUGAUAGCCAGGGUGCUAUUGCAUUGACUAAGAACCCCGUUCUUCAUGGCCUUACCAAGCACAUGAAGGUGAAGUGGCAUUGGGUGAGGAGCAUGGUAACCGCGGGUGAAGUGGAGUUGCACUACGUGAAGACGACGGCGCAACCAGCUGAUAUGAUGACCAAGAGGCUGGUUGAGCAGCAGCAUUGGAAGUGUUGCAAGCUUGCUGGGAUGGCUCUGAACUAAGGGGACCAGAUUCUAAGGCCAACAAUCCGAGGGGGAGUUUGUUGGUGCAACCCUAUGGCUUGCACUCGGCUUGUCGUCCUUGUUUGUGUGUGUGCAUGCAUGGCAUGGAAUGAAUUGUGAGUCUAUGUCAUUGCUAUCCAGUGCUUGUGUGUGUGUUUGAAUGGUGUAUCACUAUGUGGUUUGUGUCGGUCAAGACAUUAGCGAGUUUCUACAACUCGCACGUCAAGUCGUCGUUUGUGUGUCGCAUGUGUUUUUUCUAUUUUGUCGAGUGUGAAGUGUCCAUCGUGUCGCAGGUGUGUGCAGCAAGCCCCCAUCAACUCAAGAAGAAUUUAU